GGCAGAGUCUGUGAUGAUAGAGUGUGAGUGUGUGUAUGAGGUGUACUGAGGGAGUACUGAGCACCCACACAAACACACACACACACAGCUAGUCCCAGAGAGAACAACCAACAGAUAAGUGACUUUCAGCAACAUCAUGACAAUCGGCAAAAGCUCCAAGAAGCAAAAGGCUCCUUGCUCUCCUCCUUUCAUAGACAAGGCCAGUGGAUUCUAUGGACGUUUAGAUGAAAUAGAAACAGAGAAAACGGAGAAACAACCAGCAGCAAAGCCGGUGACAGGAGAAAUGAACAGUGCAGAGCUGCCAGAUCAUCAGGAGCACUGUGUGUUUGAUUUCAGCGAGGGCAUGAUGGAAGAUGAUGGGACCACCUUGCUGAAGAGGAAGCCAAGCCGACUGAGCCAACGCUGGAGCAGGAAAGGCUCUAAGAGAAACAAGUCCGAUAAAUCGUCCCUGGAGAUAGACGUCCAAAACCCUAAAACUGAACUGGCUCCUUCUAUUAAGUCGAGCCUGGAUGUGCACUUAGAAACUCCAGAACCCAUGCUAAUGCAUUUCUCUAUAAGAGAGGAAGCUGAUGAUCAAAAGCUCAUUCCUGAAGGAAAGCAGAAACAUAAGGAGAUAAUGGGCAAGAGGACAGAAGGUGGAGAGAUGGAGGCGAAAACAGAUUUAGAGAAUGUGAAGAUUGUUAAGAGGAGUUCCCUUAGAAAUUAUCGCAAGGUUUUGGAUAAAGCACUCAGACGAGGGUGGGAGACCUUCGUGGCUAACUUGUACAGUGUGACCCUGUCUCCUGUUUCCCCCCCUGUGUCCUCUCCAAGCAAGUCUGAAAUGGACAGGAUGGCUGCCCUGGCAGAAUUCAGAUAAUACUGAAUUAGAUGCUGAUGUAGUAUUAAAUAUAAAUCAUGAAUUAUACAUUUCAGUUGUCACUGCACUGAAAAUGUGUUCCAAUAGUAAUUAUUAAUAUUAUAAUCACAUCUUUUUGUAAACUGUAUUAUAUGUGAUUUAUCUGCACCAGAAUUAUGUCUAUCUGUUUGUUUGUUUGUGUUACUACAGUAUCUAACAUGGAUUUUGUUUAAGGAUGGUUUGUGUUAUAUAACCUGAAAAAUUAUGAUUGUCUUGAAAGUGCCUGUGAGGUUGAAGUUUUUGUUCUGACUUGGAUGCAGGACAUGGUGAAUGAUGUUACUGCUCAAUAAGCUUUUGUCCCACACAAGGAGAACGAUCUGAACAUAACAGAUUCACCUAUAAGACUUGUUAUGAACGUUUGAGCUGAGAACAUGGAGACAAAGGACAUUUGAUAUAAUGUCUUCACUCUUGGGCAAUCUGCUAUGAUCAUGGGAUUAAAACCAUGGGAGCUCAUAUCUUCUUGGCUUUGAUGUCCAUGACUAAGCCAGCUGACUGAGUUAUUUAUAAUGAUCAUAAAACCGUUGAAUGGAAUGAAUGAACUUGUCAUUAGUUCAGUACUGCAGUUGAAAUAAAACGACAUUUAAUGUGCAUUUGUAAUGUGCAUAAUGUGUAGAAUGUAUAUAAUUUUUUACUUUGAAACACAUUACAUCUUUAGGAUUGCUGUAUAAUUUACAUGUAACUCAUCUGAAGCACCUCAUCACACAACUGGAUUGGGAUCUUUUCUUCAGUUUUAUCAAAGAGAAGAAAAAUCCUAUAAAACACAAGAAUAAAAAA